UGAUUACGUCUUGGAGAAUCACACGCCGAGCGGAUCCCACAAACAGCGCACUCCACCCGGCCUGGAGGCUGCGACGAUGCCCGCUGGACGAGCUUUUCCCACCGGCCGGAGCCUGAAACGCACCGAACCGAACAUGGAAAACAAAUAAAUCCACCCUUGCCGACAGCUGCGUAAAAAUCAUGCGUCCUGUAUCCAAGCGGGCGGCUCGGAGGUGAAAGCGGCGGUGGAGGAAGCUCAAGAUAGACGGCUUUAUUAGUGAGAGGUGUCGGGAGGGAGGGGGCCCGCUGCGCUGUCUUGUCUUCUAAGAGGAUAAAGAAAAACGGGAAAUCAAGCUAUUUUUACGCGCAGCCGCCGGUGACACCAUGAGCGGGGCGCCGGAUGAGAGCUCGGUGCGCGUCGCCCUGAGGAUUCGUCCUCAGCUGGCCAAAGAGAAGAUCGAAGGCUGCCACAUCUGUACAUACGUGAUGCCUGGAGAGCCGCAGGUGGUUCUGGGUAAAGACAAAGCCUUCACCUAUGAUUAUGUGUUCGAUAUGGACACCCACCAGGACGCCAUCUACACCCACUGCACCGAGAGGCUCAUCGAGGGCUGCUUCGAGGGCUACAACGCCACCAUCUUCGCAUACGGACAGACCGGUUCGGGGAAAACCUACACGAUGGGAACCGGCUUCGAUGUCAACAUCGGAGAGGACGAGCUGGGCAUCAUUCCUCGAGCCGUCAACCACCUGUUCAGAGGCAUCGAGGAGCGCCGACAGGCCGCCACCGAGCAGGGAAGGCCUGUUCCUGAGUUCAAGAUCAAUGCUCAGUUCCUGGAGCUGUACAACGAAGAGGUUCUGGACUUGUUCGACUCGACUCGAGACCUGGAGGCCAGGAGGCAGAAAUCCAACAUCAAAAUCCAUGAGGACGCCGCUGGAGGCAUCUACACCGUCGGAGUCACCACCCGCACCGUCACCUCUGCAGCCGAGAUGAUUCAGUGUCUGAAGCUCGGCGCUCUGUCUCGAACCACCGCCAGCACCCAGAUGAACGUCCAGAGUUCACGCUCUCACGCCAUCUUCACCAUCCAUCUGUGCCAAGUGCGAGUCUGCUCUCCGGACAACAACGAUAACGUGACAGAUAACCGUCUGGCCAAUGAUUCAGAGAUCGAUGAGUUCGAGACGCUGACCGCCAAGUUCCACUUUGUGGAUUUAGCAGGUUCUGAGAGACUGAAGAGAACCGGAGCUACAGGAGACCGAGCUAAAGAGGGGAUCUCCAUCAACUGUGGGCUGCUGGCUUUGGGAAACGUCAUCAGCGCUCUGGGAGACAGAAGCAAACGCUCCACUCAUGUGCCUUACAGAGACUCCAAACUGACCCGGCUGCUGCAGGACUCGCUGGGUGGAAACAGUCAAACAGUGAUGAUCGCCUGCAUCAGCCCGUCCGACCGAGACUUCAUGGAGACUUUAAACACCCUGAAAUACGCCAAUCGAGCCCGAAACAUCAAGAACAAGGUGAUGGUGAACCAGGACAGAGCGAGUCAGCAGAUCAGCGCCCUGAGGACGGAGAUCGCUCGGCUGCAGAUGGAGCUGAUGGAGUACAAGACGGGAAAGCGGAUGGUGGGCGAAGACGGCAUGGAGGGCAUCAACGAUCUGGUCCACGAGAACUCCAUGCUGCAGACGGAGAACAACAACCUGAGGGUGAGGGUGAAGGCCAUGCAGGAGACCAUCGACGCCCAGAGAGCCAGACUCACCCAGAUCCUCAGCGACCAGGCCAACCAGGCUCUGGCCAAAGCAGGUGAAGGUAACGAAGAAAUUGGGAACAUGAUUCAAAACUACAUCAAAGAAAUCGAGGAGCUCAGAGCGAAGCUUCUUGAGAGUGAAGCUGUGAAUGAGAACCUGAGGAAGAAUCUGUCCAGAGCCUCGACUCGCUCCUCGAUGUACGGCGGUCCAGGAUCCUUCCUCGCUCCGGAGAAGGAGGCCAACGACGUGAUCGAGAUGGCCAAGAAAAGCCUGGAGAAGCUGAAGAAGAAGGAGAGGAAGAAGAAAAAGAGACUGAGGCAAUACGAGGAGAAUCACCACCAGGAGGUUGCCAGUGUCGUCAAAGAUGAGCUCCCAGACAACGAUCAGGAAAGAGGCAACGAGGAAGCAGAGGAGGGCAGCGACCAUGAAGAAGCCGAGGAUGCCGACGGAGAAGACGAAGACUUUGACAUGGCAGGGGAGGAAUCCACCGACGAGUCCGACUCUGAAGAGCUGGAUGAGAAAGAAAACGUCCAAGCCGACUUGGCCAACAUCACCUGUGAGAUCGCCAUCAAGCAGAAGCUGAUUGACGAGCUGGAGAACAGCCAGCGACGCCUUCACACCCUGAAACAGCAAUACGAGCAGAAGCUGAUGAUGCUGCAGAACAAGAUCAGAGACACUCAGCUGGAGAGGGACAAAGUGCUGCACAAUAUGGGCUCAGUGGAGUCAGGAACAGAGGAAAAGGCCAAAAAGAUCAAAGUGGAGUACGAGAAGAAGCUGAGCUCCAUGAACAAAGAGCUGCAGAAGCUGCAGUCGGCCCAGAAGGAACACGCUCGGCUGCUGAAGAACCAGUCGCAGUACGAGAAGCAGCUGAAGAAGCUGCAGCAGGACGUGACUGAGAUGAAGAAAACCAAGGUGUCACUGAUGCGUCAGAUGAAGGAGCAGCAGGAGAGGAACCGAGCUUCAGAGUGCCGGAGGAACCGAGAGAUCGCCUCUCUGAAGAAAGACCAGCGCAGAGCCGAGCACCAAGUGAGGCAGCUGGAGGCCCAGAAGAGACAACAGGAGCUGAUCCUUCGCAGGAAGAACGAGGAGGUGACGGCUUUGAGGCGUCAGGUGAGGCCCGUGUCUGGGAAGGUGAGCAGGAAGGUACCCGAACCUCCACAGGAGCCUUCACACCGGCCGAUCCCAGGAAGGCUGCAGUCCUCUGCUGCGAGUCCUUCCAACGGGGCCAGGAGUUCUCCGGUGCGGAUGGGAAGCAUCUACCUCAGCAGGACGGCCAGAGCGAAGUGGCAGUCGCUGGAGAGACGAGUCAGCGACAUCAUCAUGCAGAGGAUGACCAUCUCCAACAUGGAGACGGACAUGAACCGACUACUGAAGCAACGGGAGGAGCUGACCAGACGGAGGGAGCGAGUGUCCAGGAAGAGAGAAAAGACAGCGGUGGACGGGGCAGACGCCGAUCGCUCUUUGGCUUCCCUGAACGAGGAGCUGGAGUCUCUGAGCGCCAACAUCGACUACAUCAACGACAGCAUCGCCGACUGCCAGGCCAACAUCAUGCAGAUGGAGGAGGCCAAGGAGGAAGGAGACACUGUGGACGUCACUGCUGUGAUCAGCUCCUGUAACCUGUCAGAAGCUCGAUUCCUGUUGGACCAUUUCAUGACCAUGGCCAUCAAUAAGGGCCUGCAGGCGGCUCAGAAGGACUCCCAGCUGAAGGUGAUGGAGGGCAGGCUGAAGCAGACGGAGAUCAACAGCGCCACCCAGAACCAGCUCCUCUUCCACAUGCUGAAGGAAAAAGCCGAGAUCAACCCGGAGCUUGACGCUCUGCUGGGCAGCGCUCUGCAAGAGUUAGGUUACCUGUCGCCAGAAAAUGGAGAUGACAGCAGCAGUGACGAGUCGACACCCAGUCCAGCUGCAGACGGAGGCACUCUGGCAUCAGAUUUAAUGAAGUUAUGUGGUGAAUCCAGACCAAGAAAGGCCCGGAGGCGGACCACCACCCAGAUGGAACUGCUGUACGCUAGCAGCGGGGAUUUGUCGUGUGAAUCGCCUACCGGACACUUCUCAGCCCCUCUGCUGCCCCUCGCAGAGCGAGUGGAAGUGCUGGCAGACAUGCAGGGUCAGGUGCUCGGUCAAACCUCCGACCGAGAGCAAACUGUUUCCCCAUCUGCCCUGUCUGCCCGGCCAGCUGGCAUUUCUGGAUCCAGGUCGCCUACAGGAACUGAGAGGAGACAGCUUGAGCGUUCACCGCUGAACCGCAGGAGGAUGCAGGACAAAGGACCAGCGACACACAUCCCAGCUCCUCAACACACACCUCCAGCCAGCACAGCAGAGACGAGGACUAAAACCAGCGACUACAAAUCAUUGUUGGAUGAAUCACCUGUAUUUGAAGGCCACAGAGGUGUGAUCAACCCUGUGACGGCCCCCAAGAACAGCCGAGGAGCCAAACUUCAGUGUGUUUAUGUAGCUGAAGGCCACACAAAACCUGUUCUCUGCGUAGAUGCCACUGAUGACCUGCUAUUUACUGGGUCUAAAGAUCGAACCUGUAAAGUUUGGAACUUGGUGACGGGUCAGGAGAUCAUGUCUUUAGCAGAUCAUCCCAGCAGUGUUGUCUCAGUCAGGUACACUUCCAGCCUUGUCUUCACCGUUUCCACUGCUUACAUCAAAGUCUGGGACAUUCGAGAUUCUGCAAAAUGCAUCCGUACACUCACGUCUUCAGGCCAAGUGGGUUCAGGAGACACAUGUUCAUCUGUCAGGAGUUUAACAAUCCCACCAGGAGAAAGUCAGAUGAACCAUAUUGCUCUGAAUCCUUCUGGAUCUUUUCUUUACGCUGCUGCUGGCAAUGCUGUUCGCAUGUGGGACCUCCGAAAAUUUGUGUCUACGGGGAAGCUGACUGGCCAUCUGGGGCCUGUAACAUGCCUAACUGUUGAGAAGCUGGGUAACGGACAGGACAUCGUGCUCACUGGCUCCAAAGAUCAUCAUAUCAAAAUGUUUGAGGUGGCAGAAGGCGCUCAGGGCAGCAUCACCUCCAGCCAUACGUUCGACCCGGCCCAUCAGGACGGCGUGGAGUCUUUAGCUGUGCACGGAGACGUUUUCUACAGCAGCUCCAGAGACCAUUACAUUAAAAAGUGGGACUUGGCGAGAAAACAGCUGUUACAGUCGGUCAGCGCCCAGGCAGACUGGGUCAGCGUUCUGGGCGUGGUACCAGGAUCCUCGAUGCUGCUCAGCGGCUGCAGAGGAGGUCUGCUGCGACUCUGGCACACCGACUCGCUAGCACCCCUCGGUGAGAUCCAGGGCCACGACAGUCCCAUCAACAGCCUGGCGUCCAACAGCAGCCAACUGUUCACUGCCUCAGACGACCGCACGGUAAAGAUUUGGGAAGCCAAAGGAUCUCUGGAGGAUGCGAUUCACUGAUUUCUGAUCUGGCCUUCAAUCAGUCGACAUGAAAUAUCUGACAAGUUGUGGCAAAGAUGGUGGAAAUGGUGUGAAAGUUUGGCUUCCAGGUGAAAAAAAAAAACCCUUAUAAAACACCGAUCCUCCACGGAUCAGUUUCAGGGAAAUCUAACUAGAUGCUGUCGCUGUUUCCAGCUGAAUGCAGUUACAAAUAUUUUAGGUCAAGACGGAUCACGAUAGACUUAGUGGAGCCUUUGGAGUCUCGAUUAGAGCUGCAAAGACAGCCGAAAUGGAUGGACUUUUCAGAACUGUGACUGAUAAUUUCAUUCAACAUUCCUCCGAUCAGUGCAGCGCAACACAACAUGGAUAUCGUCUUUACAUUUUUGCCAGAGCUGCUGAGAAUCAAGGGCAGGUUUUGAUGAAACGCUUUGCUUCCUUGUACCACUUGCUUUCAUCACGACUCCAGAAAGAUGUGGAGAUGCUUAACUCUCCAGCAAUAACUGUGAGUCCGUCCAGUGUGUUCACAUGACGUGUGCUGUGUUGUGUCUUCUUGGCGUUGAUGUCAGGUAUGUGUGCAUUAUCAAAGUUAUCAAGGACCAAGCAACUACUGAAACUACAUAUGUACGGUCUUAAUAUUCAGCUGUUACUGCCAAACACACCAGAUGAACAUAGAGGCCUCUAAAUAUAACUGACUGUUCUCCUUUGACAAGGUUCUCAUGCAUUUUCCAUUUGAAAUUCCACAUUUUAGUGAAGAUUUUAGUUAGAUUUGAAUUAAGUGAACUGAUGACCCAUAUUACAGCUUUGGAAAUAUUUAUUAUACCACUAAGAGUACUGUUUUCUCUCACUUCUCUUGCAUUUCUUGGUGGAACCAUACUGCAUAUUCUUUUUAAGGUUGUAAUGGAUGCAGCCACUUAGCAACUGGCUCACUCGCUGUGUUCCUCUUCACUAAGCCCCAAAAUUAAAAUGUCUUUUCAUCAUCUUACAAUUUGCUUCUUGUAGACAUCCUUGGAUGACAAUGAAAUGUGGAUUAUUUGUUGAAUUUACUUACAUACAACACGAAAUAGCAAUGACUCCACACAUUAUUUUGGCCAUCUAUUGUAAAUUUUGAAAUGUUUAGUUUCAAUAAAUAACAUUAUUGAACAUGAUUUAUUGCAAGUGUUAAACAGUUAGGUUUUAGGACUUUAUGACUUGGUCAACCCCUAUAAUACGAUCCAAACAACAUGACCAAUGUUGAAGACCUGUUGUGUAGACAGUGAUGUAAUAAUUAUUUCCAAAGCUGCAUGUUUCUACUAAAGCCGAUGUCUCACAGCUGAACAACAAUAUUUCUAGAGUAUGUACUGCCUUACAAAAGAAACAGAGAUGGAUGGAGAAUAGCUUGAAAUGUUAAAGCUACUUGGUAAACCCUAACAGUUUGAUGAAUUGUGAAAACAUUUAACUUAUUAAUCUAUAAUUCCAUACAUUAAAAUAUGAUGUAUAUGAGACAUAAUAUAUUAAAGGUAACCAAGUAAAAUCACCAAGUGUCAGAGGCACAGAACUUACGGCUAGCGAGACUAGUUAUCCUAGUUUGUUAGCUAACAGGACUAAUUUAGCUGCUAUUUUUUUGUCAGUUAUGAUAAAAGUAGCCACUGCCCUGGUUAUUACAUAUCAGAAAACUGAAUUACAAAGCUAGUAAAACAUCCAAUCUUAUUUCAAUUAAAGGUAUCAGUUGAGGAAAAACUAGCUUAAAGAUUUGAUUACUCGGUCAAGUUGUGUAACAUUUUGAAAAGCUUUAAACAAAUUAAAUAACAAAUCUAUAAUUUUAUUGUGUUAAAUUAACAGUUUAUUGACCAUCUCAGAUCAUAUAAAUUUACCAAGUUUUAGAGAAUGAUAUUGAACUUUCUGCUGAAAUAAGCUAAUUAGCCUAAAAUCAGUUAGCUAGCAGGACGAGUUUAGCUGCCACUUUUCCGUCAGUUAUGCAAAAGUAGCUGCUGCCUUAUUGAUAAGCAAACUGAAUUGAUCAAAUACUCGGCACUAGGUGGUAAAUGAGCUAGCUAGCUUUAACUAGGAUAUGCAAUCAGUGCUGUUUAGGUUUUGACUUUGAUUAUUAGUUCCUCACAACUGGUAUUGAUUUAAUAGAUGGUAAAACAGAGGUCACAAAGAUAAAUUGUGGUAUUAACUCAAUUUGAGCUACUGUUGUUCAUGCUUUUUUGGUUUUGUAAGGCAGUACAAUUCAUCUUGUUAAAACCUGAGCUGAAUUGGCUGACAAAACCAUCUAAUAAUACAGGUGUCUCAGUGUUUUCAGGACUUGCGUCAGUGUCAACAUUUCAGCCUGAGAUAAACAGUGUUUUCCUGUCUGUCGGUGAUGUGUUGUCAGCCGUCCGCUGGGUUUCUAGAUUCUCCGGCUGAUACACAGUUUCCUUAACGCAUCUGUGGCUUUAAGUGGGAGUUUUAGCCGCUGAAAGGUUUUACUUUGCUGUCAGCACGAUCCCAUCUGGCUUCUCUGACCUGCAUCUCGCAAACAUUUUCUUACUUCCAGGAUUCGACCCUCUGAGUAUUUCCUUCUGUAAACUUUGGUAGCUGUACAACACUUUUAAGAGUGAAUUUCAGCUUCAGCAUUAAGGAAACUUUUGUCCUAAUUCGAGAUUUUAAUGAGGUCUGAAUAAUGUGAAUGUAAAUCAUUCAUGUUUAUGGAAUCAAGCACCUUCUUGUUGCUAAUUGAUGAAAUGCAGUUGAAGUUGCACACUUUGUGAAAGCAUCCUAUCUUGAAAUAUGUAUUUCUUUAACCAAAUGAUGUCACUUCUCAUUCAUUUACUGCUGCAAAGCGUAUUCAGUCUCUUUAAAUGUGUCCAAAAAUGCUACUAUUUAUUUAUUUCUUCUUUGGUUUUUGAUUAUUUUGCUGUUGCGUCCUCUCUGUCAGUGAUAGAUUUUGAUUUCAUUCCUUCUAAUGCCUCGGAUAUCUUGGUGUCGACGGACUGCACAUCACCUAUGGGAUGGAUUUUCUCCAUAAUCAGAGGUGUUAUUAUCAGUGCCUGUAAUAAAUCCUCGACUGUAUAGAGACUGUGGAGUCGCUACCUGAUAAAUGUGGAUUAUCCCUCAUUAAAAAAGGUCAGGUCAACAAUUCA